AUGAACUUGCCUUUUAUUGAAGCUAUUUCACAGAUGCCAAAGUAUAUGAAGUUUUUAAAGGAGAUUCUAAGCAACAAGAGGAAGUUAGAGGAUUUAGGAUUGGUGACCUUGAAUGCAGAAUGCUCAGUAGUGUUUCAGAGCAAGAUUCCAAUCAAACGACGUGACCUAGGGAGUUUUACUAUACCUUGUUUGAUUGGGGAUAAAUUGAAAUUGCUAGCAUUAGCUGAUUUGGGAGCUAGCAUCAAUUUGAUGCCUAGCUCAUUGUUUGAGGAGUUAGGACUAAGUAUAUCUAAGCUAACUCCUACGAGGAUGAGUAUACAACUAGCAGACAGAACUGUUAAAUACCCGAAAGGGAUUAUAGAGGAUGUGCUAGUUAAAGUUGAAAAAUGA